AAGCAGCGCUGAAGCGGGUCCGCACCUUUUCCGGUAAUACCAAGCGGAGAAGCAACACGACCGGGACCGAGAGAACGAGGACCGGAGAGAACCGAGCCGACAGAACCGAGCCGGGGCGCGCGACCGGGCGGCUGAUAUACGAGGUGAAGCGGCGCGCGCUGAGGCGCGUUCGCGGUCGCGUUCAGUACGCGGACAGAAGAGGGGAAAGAGGAAGAGGGCUUGUUUGGACCAGAACCAGAACUGAUGAUCUGAAGUGUGUGUGAAGGGAAUGAGCGCGAGCGAGCGGCGACCCGACAGUCGGUACACAAGAAGGAAGUCAGAAAGAAAAGGCCUAUUUUUGUUUUUUCUUCAUGCAUUUUGAGGUCUGGUCAAUGCAAACUCACAUUUCCCAACUGUAUUAGAUCCACGUUUUUUAUUUAUUCAAGGAAAAGCGUUGAGUCAUAUGUAUUUCUGUGAAGCUGCAGGACCAAAAAAACACACUUUUUGCAUCAUACAUACUAUAUAUGCACAGCCAACAAAAUGGGGAAGAUGCUUUCCAAGAUCUUUGGCAACAAGGAGAUGAGAAUAUUAAUGCUUGGACUUGAUGCGGCAGGAAAAACGACGAUUCUUUACAAACUCAAACUGGGACAGUCGGUCACGACCAUCCCGACCGUCGGGUUCAACGUGGAAACCGUGACGUAUAAGAACGUGAAGUUUAACGUGUGGGAUGUGGGCGGUCAGGAUAAGAUCCGGCCCCUGUGGCGGCACUAUUACACCGGCACACAAGGACUGAUCUUCGUAGUGGACUGUGCGGAUCGGGACCGGAUCGACGAGGCCCGACAGGAGCUUCAUCGCAUUAUUAACGACCGCGAAAUGCGCGACGCCAUUAUCCUGAUAUUCGCUAACAAGCAAGAUCUCCCCGACGCCAUGAAGCCGCACGAGAUCCAGGAGAAACUCGGCCUGACCCGGAUCCGAGAUCGCAACUGGUACGUUCAGCCGUCCUGCGCCUCGACGGGCGACGGACUCUACGAAGGGCUCACCUGGCUCACGUCCAAUUACAAAUCAUAAUGCGAGUCAAAACUUAGAAGCAAUUAACCAAUAACUCGUUGAGUUUCCUUUUCUUUUUCAUGCUUUCUUUCAGCACUCUGUAUAAUCCUUCUGUUACGUUUCGAAUGUUCGUAAAGUAGUGCCGUGCGACCGAUUAAUCGC